AUGAAUAACAACAACAACAACAACAACAACAGCAGAGAAUCAAAGAAAAGCAGAAUAUCCCACGUGUGCGACGCGUGCCGUCAGAAAAAAGUUAAAUGCGACAAAAAGAAGCCAAUCUGUACCAGGUGUACCAAAUUAGGUCUCAAAUGCGUAUACACGCCAUUCCGUAAAAAAGAAGCCCCGGCUACUAUCGAAUCACUUCAAAACGAAUUAGAAAUUCUACGAGCUAAACUCGCUCGAACACCCUUAUCAUCAAGCUCUUCGGAAUCUGAGAGCACCUAUUCCUGUGCGUCAAGCAGUCCCAAUCCCAAUCCCAUCGUGUCCUGGAAUUCAAUUUCAUCUCCUGUUAAAUUUGGCGGAGUUUGGAAAGCUUUCUAUCCGCCGUUUUCGGACUUUGGGCUAUUUGCGAGGGAUCCUUGCUUGCGAACUAUGUUACCAGAGCUCUUCGAUCCGCCAUCGCACUUUAAAGUCGAAACGACUAGAUCGUCUGCGAAUGUUCUUCAAGAAAUUAUUGAAAUAUUGCCGCCAUUGCAACAACUUCAGGAGAUGCUUGUCUGUUUCGAAAGCAACCUCUACAAAUCCUACCCAUUUUUUAACAUCAGCGAUUUCAGCAAAGUGCUCGAGGAAAUAAUUUCUAUGCGCAGUAAAAACUCCCCACAUAGGGCAUUUGUGUUAGGCAUGUGCCUCGUUUUAUUACGCCUACAAAAUUCCAAAGCACUUUCGGUUGAUCGCAUCUUGAGCCUUUUAGAAAGACUCAACCUUUUAAGUUCUUCGAGUGAAAACAAUUUGGCAUGCUUACUGUAUUUCAAGUUGUCACUCUCGUCCCAAAAUCUGUGUCUAGAAAGCAGAGAUAAACUUUCGUCUGCUAUUGCCAAUAUGGCGCUAGAAAUGGGACUCUUUGCUAGCAAUUCUUUUCUGAAAGAGUCAUCUUACCGCGACUACUUAUGGAUGGGCUCGGUGAUUCUGAUUGACAGCAAUUAUUUUGCUGAUGAUUUGUUCCAAAACUUUUGCGAGCCAUCAUUUUCAUCGAUGCCAUCACUAGUAUAUCGUUAUCGGAUCAAAAAAUCAAUGGUCAUGUUAUCCAACAGCAUCAUGACAUCCAAAACAGUUGAAGACUGUGAAAAAAUACUGGAAGAAGUAAGCUCUUGCAUCGAGGAGGUUGAAAAACUGUCUCCAAGGUCGAUAUUGAACGAUGAUUCAUAUCUUUUGGUGAAGGCUCUUCGUCUUGAUUUUGACAUGAUUGUUCUUUUACAACCCAAUGAGCUCGUAGAUGAGCGCGAUCCGCUUCCGAAAAUGGUGCGAAUGGCGUCAGAUCUGCUUGACCACCUUUUUGACUAUAUUUCAAAAUUCGGAUGUGAUAAUGCGAUUUCUUUCCCGUUAAAGUCCGUGAUGUCUUGUGGUUUAAGUAUAUCGGAAAGGUUACGGAAGGAUUACAAAGGAGACACUUGCCCCUCUUCUCUUUACGAGCUGUGCGCAUUAUUCAAACAAAAGAUGGUGAGCUUCUCAAGUUUGUGGCCCGAAAAGACUGGUUGGAUCAAACGAGCUGCCUCACUUUCAAUCGAGAACCUGGAAUUCUCAAUGUUUGUGAUAGGGAUGGAUGAAGGCGUAAUGGGGCUUCAUCAGUUAUUCGAAAAUACUUUCAACCAAUCAUUGAAAGUAGGAGAAUGUCCUGAUGACAGCCAGAAGUUCGAUACGUCGGAUAGUGAUAUAUCAUAUGAUCGAUAUGCACCUGACGGUCAUGGUCUUUUGUCCGAGGAAAGAAAUUCGCUCACUCAAUCGCCGGUCAUGAUUGGUGACUUCGACAUUGAUGAAUUUUUCAGUAGUUUGCAGCAAAGAAUAUAA